ACAGUCCCAUUCGAAGAAAUUGGAAUGUCAAACAAUCACAUUAAAGACACAAACAACUUCUGCAAUAAAAGUCUUCUCACAGACCACAGGGAGAAGCUGAUUCAGGCCAUCAAGCAUAUCAAGCACGAGUCAGAUGAGUGCUGGAGCGCGGAGAGAGAAACAUACAUCCAGUCCGUCUCAGUGGAGAAUGCGUUCGAGGACCUGGAGAGGGAGGUGCGGGCGGAAUACGAGAACCUCCAUCGCUUCCUGGAGGCGGAGGAGGACAUGGACAUGGAGCGGCUGAGGAAGGAGAGAGAGAAACGGGUGAAGCAGCUGAGAGAGAGGGAGCGAAAGAUCGCAGACCAGGGACGGGAUCUGGAGAGGGCGAUCGACACGCUCAACAACAAACUGAAAGAAGAGGACAGUCCAAAAUUGCUGAAAGAAAUAAAAGACCUCUUAAAAAGGUGCCAGGUGAAGUUUAUCCCCCCUCCUGCGCUGAACAGCGAGGUGCGGUCCGGCCAGUUUGUGGGUCCCCUGCAGUACAGAAUCUGGAAGCAUAUGAAAAGCUCCCUCUAUCCAAACAUUUCAUCCCUCACCUUUGACCCUGACACUGCCCACCCCCUCCUCGCCCUCGACUCCACUUUCACGUCAGUGUGGUUCGAGGAAAGUAAGGACGCAGCCACGGAGGAGGAGGACAGCAGCCCCCGCCGUUUCACCUACUACUACUGCCUGAUGGGACGGGAGGCCUUCACGCACGGGCGCCACUAUUGGGAGGUGGAGGUGGCCCGCAAGACCGCGUGGAGGGUGGGCGUGGCCAGAGAGGACGUGUGCCGGGGCGAAAUGGACUCCUCCUCCGUGGCCAACGGCCUCUGGACCUUGGCGCUGAAGGAGGGCACCAUACAGGCGUGCACGGACCCCCGCCCCACCACCGUCCCGGUCUCCGUCCAGCCCGCCCGAAUCGGGGUCUUCCUGGACUGCGAGAAGCAGGAGGUGUCCUUCUACAACGCCGUCACCAUGACGCCCCUCUUCAGCUUCUCCAUGGGAACCCUCCUGCUCCCCGUGCGACCUUUUUUUAACCCCUGCGACGCCGACGAGGGCAAAAACACCGCGCCCCUGUCCCUGUUCGCUCCGGCGCUGUGAGAGAACGAAGCCAAGCGCAAUGAUCCACCUUCCAACAAAAACCGGGUGGAAACCAGCAGGAACGGAUUUAACAGUCACCACUGGCUAUGACACAUGGAAAGGGAAUUUAGAGAGAUAAAUCUUUAUUGCUUUAUUAGAAAAUCAGAAGCCUGCUCCACUGUUUAAAAAGGAUUCAAAAGUUCAAAAGCCUAGCUCAAAUAUUUCCAGACAAAUUGUCAAAUUCUGUUGUAUUCAGCCAGAAAUCUAUCACUGGAGCCUCACAUGCUAGCUCCCUUUAAUAUUCCAGUUAAUUGCCUUAAAAAAAAAUACAUUUGCAAGUUGAAUUAUGGAUCAGAAUUAGAUACUGAGCUGGUUAGUUAGCCAAUGCUUCACCCACUCGUAUAUGUUUUCCAGGUUUCACAGUGGUUUUGCUGAUGUUUGUUCAUUUGUUGAACUGUCAGAUUGUAUUCACACCAACAUGGGCAUUAUAGCAUGCUUAUUUUACUGUGGAAAAUUGGAAGGGAAUAAGCUAGCGGUACUGCCUACCUAACUACUGUAUCUGGAAAUCGUUUUCUCGAUUUUCUCGUGAAAAAAUAAAAUACAUAAUCCACA